AUGGAUGAAUCCCCUGAGCCAGGCGUUAGCCCCGUCCGCAAGAUCCUUAUCAAAGCAAACUGGACAACACACGAGCAGUUCGAGAUCCACCCAACUCAGCCCUUGGGUCUUGUGAGGGUGUAUUUUGCAGGCGAAUCGCAUGAGUCCAUCUCUCUGAAUUACCGGCGUACAAACUUGGCCGCUGAGACGAGGGUGGAAGCAUUAGCUGCGGAUGCAUAUCUCUGGGCCGAUCGUAAGUCCAAUAAUCGAGCAGGUGAUAAUAUCUGGUGGAACAUGGACUACAACCUGCUACGAGAAGCUUUGAAAACUGACUUUGAAGGUUCAUGCGAGCUGAAAAUCAGUCAGGUUGAGCAUAAGGGUCAUUUGGCGAAGAUGGUUUAUGGGAAACAGUGCUUCAACGUCCUGCACUUCUUGCCCGAUGGCAGGUGGUUUACCAUACAACGGCCAUUAUGGUCAGUAGCGCAGGCGAAGCAGUACAUUGGGGAAAGGUUUGGUCACAUGUUCUCGGGGACAAUCCAAGCAUGGGCCAUGUGUGCUUGUGGGAAACAUUGGCACCAACUGUCAGAUAACUUCACUUUCGCAUUUGAGGAUAAUGCGCUUGUGAUAUUUCUGCCACCUUUGCAAAAUCGGUUGCUCCCGUACAUUUCCAGGCCAGACAGUAUCAUCAAGUUGACCACCCACGAGGACAUCAGCAAACACGGGCCAAGUCAACCAACCAAUCAUCGUGAUUGCGCGGUACCAACACAAGGUUCAGUUGACAAGUCCAUGGAGCCCGAUGCGGCGCAGCCCUUGGACAAGAUGUCCCCAAGCAAAAGGAAGGUCGAGGAGGAUUUGGCGGACCCCAGAUCACCAUCACGAACCCCCUCACCUUCAACGGCGGAUGAUGCUAACAGGCCAUCGGUCGUGUAUCGUUCUGGAUGUCGGCAGCUACACGUCACAUUGCCCAACCAGAAAACAAGGCUCAUCAGCAUCCGGAAGCCCCUCUUGCUCAGGAGCAUUUUGGAGGAGCGUCUACCGGCGGUUUCACCAAAACAGGUCGCAUGGAUGCUCGGCGACACCCUUGUAGACCAGAAUGCUUGUGUAGUCUACGACCCAUCCCUUCCUGAGGCCCCCCCGCGGCGUUUGUACAUUACCCCUCUCGGCCCAGGCGGGGCAAGUGAGCAGCAGGUGCGAGACAAACUCACGAGCACCCUGAAAGGUAAAGGUUUACAGGAUCCCGACCUUACCCACAAGGUACAAGAAACCAUGAAUGUGCUUGAAAAGCAAGAUCUUGUCAAGUUUCACGGAUCAUCAGACCCAUGGCGAACCCUGAAACAGCUUGUCGGUAACAGAAUUACGUUUAUCAAGCGAGGGCAAUCCCAAGGACCCAAGGACCCAUGGCUUACCAUGGACCCCUGGCGCGAAGCGAAAAACAAAGCAACAUCGUCAAACACCCCUGGAGUCCCGCAGGUAAGUAAGACCCCGCUUUCAAUCCUACCUUUGAGGGACGCCUUCCGAAAUGAGGAUGGUACACACCCGGUAGUUUUGGACAAGCUUCAGCAUGGGAGUUCAGGACUAGUCAUGUUAAACCCGACCCAAUUCCACGAGUGGGCCGAUGUUCCGCGGCCCAUAAGUCCGGAUGAAAUCUCAGCGAUCGUUUUCCCUCCGCUCGGCCCCCUGGACACCCCCAAGGAUUGGAAUAUCCAAACGGUAGACUUUCCUGCAACCCUUACCGGUACAAAGGAAAUGCCUACUCUCUUGAAGGGAAGCUUGUGCCAUUUUGGUGCCAAAACAAUCUCCCUCGAAAAGCCGUCCGAUGACAAAGCAUUUCAGGUGAAGGAUGCUGCGUCAGUGUUAGUCGAGAUUGAUAAAGAGGACUCCGAAGGUGAAUGGCAAAACGUCCUAGUAAACCCACUGCAGUAUGUAACGAACAGGGUUAGUCCGGUUGCUACUGUGUUUUCUCAUUGGGGUGCCCGAUUUUGGACCGGUCGAUCUCGCACCCCGAGCCAGUCCCAAGCCUCAAGAUACUCCGUCAAUCUUCUCAUUGCUAGGACAUCAUUUCAUGCGGCCUUAAGACUUUCAGGAAAUGGUUUGUGGAUCUCCCCUCGAGCAGGACAGCCAGAAUUUGCCAAGUACAAACCUAUCUGGGUCCCAGGCACCCUAGCAGAUCUAACCAUCAAACAUGACAAGAUCCCUGACGGAGCAGGUAUGGUCAAAUCAAAGAAGGGUUUUGCAAUUAGAGUUCCAACAUCAUCCUUUGAAAAGCACAGAGCUGCCCUCUUGCCUGGAGUAUCGUUCCCAACACCUUCUGAUGCCUCCAACCCGGGACAUGCUUACAAACUUUCCCCAGCCCCACUCGGUGCUACGAAAGAUGAUGUAUCGGACUUCCUGCAACACUAUGUGUCUGACAAUCACCAUAGAGUCAUCAAGCAGCUUGGUCCCAAAGCAUGGUUGGUGAGUUUCAACGAUCCUGUCAAACAUCAUUACUUGUGCACGAACGCAGGGUUUAUCAUCUUACAACCAUGGAUUACUAGUAGUCAGAGGGACCCACUUCAUGGAGCCAUCGUGGUUGGUAGCGCUAACGUGGUACGUGAAGCCGUGUCACACAUUGGGCUGACCUCUCAGAUUAAGGGUUCUACGGUUUGUCCCGUGACUGCCGUGUCCGUAGCGCCCCGCCCACCCCCGGAGGGGCCAAUUCAAGAAAGGCUUGCAGCUACUGAGAAGAAAUUUCACGACCUACUAGAAGCACAGAAAGCUGAGUUCCACACCCUCCUUACCGAAACCAAGGAAAAUCAGGCGAGUGCUUUACAAGAGGUGAAGGAUGACACUAAACAACAACUUCAGGAAAUCCGCGCAGAAGCACAGAACACCAAGCAGGAUUUGCAACAACUCAUCACGAAAAACCAAGCCGAAGCCACAUCGCAAACGAAAAAGAUUCAAGAAUCCAUGGACUCAGGUUUCCAGCAACUUAUGCAAGAAAUGCGACGGUUCAGAGUCUCGGAAGCGAAGCGCUUGGCAUCUCCUUCACCUGAUGAAGAACCCCAUCCAAAGAACCAACGGCCUUCCUGA